AUGUUCGGCUCCAGCCGGGGCGGCGUGCGCGGCGGGCAGGACCAGUUCAGCUGGGAGGAUGUGAAGACAGACAAGCAGAGGGAGAACUACCUGGGCAACUCGCUGAUGGCCCCAGUGGGCCGCUGGCAGAAGGGCCGUGACCUCACUUGGUACGCCAAGGGCCGGGCGAACAGCGCUGGACUGAGCCGGGAGCAGGAAUUGGCGGCUGUGAGGCAGGCGGAACAGGAGGCGCUCAUGGCAGCGCUAGGCUACAAGAACGUAAAGAAGCAGCCCACCGGCCUGAGCAAGGAGGACUUUGUCGAAGUUUGUAAGCGGGAAGGUGGUGACCCCGAGAAGGGAGUGGACCGGCUUCUGGGUCUGGGGAGCUCCAGUGGCUCUGUAGGGCGAGUGGCGCUGUCCCGGGAAGACAAAGAGGCCGCUAAGCUGGGGCUUUCGGUAUUCACGCACCACCGCGUGGAGAGCAGUCGGCCAGGGACCUCCUUGGCUUUGGCCAAGAAGAAGCCUCGGUCAGAGGAGAAGGUGGAGCCGGGUCCUGAAAGCCACAGGAAGAGCAGGAAAGAGAAGAAAAAGAAGAGGCACAAGAAAGAGAAGAGGAAGAAAGAAAAGGAGCAUGGGAGAAGGCUGGACUCCUCACUGCCCCCUGCCCCUGUCCAGCGUGACUCUGACUCCUCAACUUGCUGCAAGAAGCGCAGGCAUGACAGCGACUGA